UCGAUUGCGUUUGCGAGAAGAGUCUCAAUCGGGUUUCAUUGGCCCAGACCUUAAUACGUGAGCGGCAUAACGAGCCGAAAAAAAAAACACUGCCAAAGAAAACAUAAUAAAUAAAACAAUUUGCAUUAAUUUGAAGUAAAUCAGCGAAGCCGCAUAAACAGCAAAAAAAUCGGUCAUGAAGUGGUUUCUGCUGUUCGUGGUGGCCGUUGGCCUGGGCCUAGCCACCGCCGACUCCGACUCCACCUACAACUACUACCGCCUGCCCACCUCGCUGCGCCCACAGAAGUACCAUCUCCGCAUUCUCACGCUGCUGGAAAAUCCAGAGGACCUGCGCUUUUCCGGCUCUGUUAAGAUACUGAUUGAGGCCUUGGAAAACACAAAGAACAUAACCCUGCACUCGAAAAAUCUGACCAUCGAUGAGUCUCAGAUCACUCUUAGCCAGGUCGGUGGAGAGGGCAAGAAGGACAACUGCGUGUCUUCCACUGCGGUGAAUCCCACCCAUGACUUCUACAUCCUCAACACCUGUCAGGAACUGUUGGCCGGCAAUUUCUACGAGCUGUAUAUGCCAUUUUCCGCCGACUUGAAUCGACAGCUAGAGGGUUAUUACCGAAGCUCCUACAAGGAUCCUGUGGCCAAUACAACCAAAUGGAUCUCCGUUACCCAGUUCGAACCAGCAUCGGCUCGGUUAGCCUUCCCCUGCUUCGAUGAGCCCGACUUCAAGGCUCCCUUCGUCGUUACUUUGGGCUACCAUAAGAAGUACACCGGACUUAGCAAUAUGCCCGUGAAGGAAACCAAGCCACAUGAAACCCUUGCCGACUACAUAUGGUGCGAGUUCCAGGAGUCCGUACCAAUGUCCACCUACCUAAUUGCCUACUCCGUAAACGAUUUCUCCCACAAGCCCUCGACUCUGCCAAACAGUGCCCUCUUCAGGACCUGGGCAAGACCAAAUGCCAUCGAUCAGUGCGAUUACGCCGCAGAGUUUGGGCCCAAAGUACUCCAGUACUACGAACAGUUCUUCGGCAUCAAGUUCCCGCUUCCCAAGAUCGACCAGAUCGCAGUUCCCGAUUUCAGUGCCGGUGCCAUGGAGAACUGGGGCCUGGUGACCUACAGGGAGAUAGCCCUUCUCUACUCGGCUGCCCAUUCCUCGCUGGCGGAUAAGCAACGGGUGGCCAGCGUGGUGGCCCAUGAGUUGGCCCAUCAGUGGUUUGGAAAUCUGGUCACCAUGAAGUGGUGGACCGAUCUUUGGCUCAACGAGGGAUUCGCCACUUAUGUGGCAAGUUUGGGUGUCGAGAAUAUCAAUCCGGAAUGGCGUGCCAUGGAGCAGGAGUCGUUGUCCAACCUGCUGACCAUUUUCCGCCGAGACGCCUUGGAGAGCAGCCAUCCCAUCUCCAGACCCAUUCAAAUGGUUUCCGAGAUUUCGGAGAGUUUCGAUCAGAUCUCCUACCAAAAGGGUUCGACGGUCCUGCGCAUGAUGCACUUGUUCCUGGGCGAGGAGUCCUUCCGCUCCGGUCUUCAGUCCUACCUGCAGCAAUACUCCUAUAAGAAUGCCGAGCAGGAUAAUCUCUGGGAAUCGCUCACCCAAGCAGCUCACAAAUAUCGAGCUCUGCCCAAGAGCUAUGACAUCAAGAGCAUCAUGGACUCGUGGACAUUGCAAACUGGCUAUCCUGUGAUCAACGUUACCCGAGAUUACUCUGCCAGGACAGCGAAACUUAGCCAGGAACGCUACCUUCUGAAUACCCAGAUAUCUCGGGCUCAUCGCGGUGGCUGCUGGUGGGUGCCGUUGAGCUACACCACCCAGGCAGUGCAGGACUUUAAUAACACUACGCCCAAGGCUUGGAUGGAGUGUGGCAAGAAUGGCGAGAGUCUACCCAAGACCAUCCAGGAUCUGCCAGGAGCCGAUCAGUGGGUUAUCUUCAAUACCCAGCUUUCGACGUUGUACAAGGUCAACUACGAUGCCCAGAACUGGAAGCUGCUGAUCGAGACUUUGACCACAGGAGACUUCGAAAGGAUCCAUGUGAUCAACCGGGCUCAGCUGAUCGAUGAUGCUCUGUACUUGGCCUGGACCGGUGAACAGGACUACGAGAUAGCCAUGAGACUGAUUGAGUAUCUGCAGCGGGAGCGGGAGUAUCUGCCCUGGAAGUCGGCCUUUGAGAAUCUGAAGCGUGUGGGCCGCAUUGUUCGACAGACCCCUGACUUCGAGUUCUUCAAGCGCUACAUGAAGAAGCUAAUCCUGCCGAUCUAUGAGCAUCUGAACGGCAUCAACGACACCUUCAGUUCGAUUCAGCAGCAGGAUCAGGUCCUCUUGAAGACCAUGGUGGUCAAUUGGGCGUGCCAAUACCAGGUAGCGGAUUGUGUGCCCCAGGCCUUGGCCUACUACCGCAACUGGAGAUCGGAGGCCAAUCCCGACGAGAAGAACCCGGUGCCGAUCAAUGUGCGCAGCACUGUCUACUGCACGUCGAUAAGGCAUGGAUCCGAUUCGGAUUGGGAGUUCCUGUGGACGCGUUACAAGAAGUCCAAUGUGGCGGCCGAGAAGCGGACCAUUCUGACUGCUCUGGGCUGUUCGAGGGAGGUGUGGCUGCUGCAGCGUUAUUUGGAGCUGACCUUUGACCCCAAGGAGGCCAUUCGCAAGCAGGACUCGAUGUGGGCCUUCCAAGCGGUGGCCUUCAACGAGGUGGGCUUCCUGCUGGCCAAGAAGUACUUCAUGGACAACGUUGACUUCAUCUACAAAUUCUACCAUCCCCUUACCAAGGACAUGUCACGCCUUCUGUCACCGCUUUCUGAGCAGGUCAUCACGCUGAGCGACUUCAAUGAGUUCAAGGACUUUGUCAACAACUCCCGACAGUCGCUCAAGGGCCUGGAGCAGGCCAUCCAACAGACCCUGGAGAUAAUGCUCACCAAUGUGCAGUGGAAGGAGCGAAACUACCACCAGAUGUCCCGCUCCAUCCAGCAGCUUCUCUAGAUUAACAGUCCUGUCCAGUCUCUCAUCAGCUCAACAAGGAAGAAUCUCUUGAUUUCAGCAGGAAUAUUAUGAAUGUUUAAAGUUUCUUAAAUAAACUAUUUAAUACUCUAGUAUUAUUCGUGUAUCUCAA